AUGGACACUUGCAACACCUCCACAUCAAAAGCCAACGAACAUUCACCAACAGAGACCAAUCCACGCCAAACAAUGUCAGACACUGCUGCUCCAUUGCACCACCCUUCUCCUCAAGCGCCCACUCAAGUGACCGCCAGUGAGGCCACACCAGAUCGCCACACUGGAAGCCCAUCUGCCUCAACCUCCGUCAACGAGACGCCUCCAAUUUGCGACACGAUUACGACAAACCUCAACGCCUCCGAGACAUCCGAUGUCAUCAUCUACCUCAUCACCUUCUUCCAACGAAUCUCCAUCCUACAGCAAAUAAUAGCCUCCUUGAUCCACGCCCUCGUGACCGGCAAGAGGGAGGCUGUGACGAGUCUCAAGGAGGAGUGUGUCAAAUUGGUCAGAUCCGCCUCCGAGGUCCUCAACGCCGCGUGUAGAAGCAGUACCGGAUUGUCCAACCCCGUGGCUACCGUCGAGGAGGAGGAGCACAAUGCACCUCCUCGCAGUGCCUCCCCUAGCACAUCGACUCAACUGACGGAGACUCGCAACCCCACCGACUCAUCGUCCCACAUCUCUUAG